UCCUGGCUGCUCCCGCGCCGCGGGUUCGAGUCCCGGCCUCGGCCUGGCGGGUGGGGGGCAUGAGGAGGACGAGAGGCCGGGCGCCGCGCGGCACCGCCCCCCCGCAGCAGAGGCCCCCGCGACGCCGGAGGAGGCGGCGGCGCCCCGGAGGAGGGCGCCCUGAGCCCGGCCCGCCCCAGCCAUGUCCCUCCUCUGCGUCCGAGUAAAGAAAGCGAAGCUCCAGGGGCCACCAGAUAAAUUCAAUACGUAUGUGACCCUGAAGGUGCAAAAUGUGAAGAGCACCACUGUUGCCGUUCGAGGGGACCAGCCAUGCUGGGAACAAGACUUCCUCUUCGAGAUCAGCCGCCUGGACCUGGGCUUGAUUGUGGAAGUAUGGAACAAAGGGCUGAUCUGGGACACAAUGGUUGGGACAGCGUGGAUUGAGCUGAAGGCCAUCCGGCAGUCGGAUGAGGAGGGCCCUGGGGAGUGGUCUACCCUGGAAGCUGAGGUCCUGAUGAAGGGCCAUGAGGUCUGUGGCACCAAAAACCCAACACCUCACCAGAUUUUGUUGGAUACAAGAUUUGAGUUGCCUUUCGACAUCCCGGAAGAGGAAGCCAAAUACUGGACUCAGAAGUUAAAGCAGAUAAACUCCUUGGAGGAAGAUGAUGAGCAUUCCUUUGCGGAAGAGGUCCAGAAGCAGCCGCUGCCCACUGCUGCCUCCCAGUGUUGCAGCUGGAGUUAUUUCGGAUGGGGAGAAGAGCAGACUUUUGAAGACCACGAUAGUGCUGUGGAUGACAGAGACAGUGACUACCGCAGUGAGACCAGCAACAGCAUUCCUCCCCAGUACCACACUACCUCGCAGCCCAAUGCUUCGGUGCACCAGUUCCCCGUGGCUUCCCGCCUGCAGCAGCAGGGGGUCCCCCGAGAGUGCUGUGUGGAGUCCCUGCACGGCUAUGAUUUGGAUUACCACGAACGAGCAGCCAUCAGAAGGCGCCAUAGCUUAGACUCCACUGUGAGUGGCCGAACUGACCUGGGAUCUGCAUCACAGUCAAGUCAAAUGACAAGCCGCCAGCUGUCAUUAGAGAGCCGGCACUCACUAGAGGUGUCUGAUAGUCCUGCCAGCAGUAGUAAGUUUGGUUCCUCCUGUAACAUCAGUCAGGGAAGCUCUCAGCAGAGUGGGCUGGACCAAUAUCACGGGAGUGUGCCCUGCUCCGAACACGAGGACGAGCUCGCAGAAGGGGUGCCUGCUGCUGUGCCUCCUCACCCGACAGAGGGCCCUGCACCACCUAGCGAGCAGCAUGAGCCCCAGGAAGUGCACAGGGAAGGAGAGGGGAAGGUGAAAGAGCAUGCCACACCUCAACUACCUCCUGAAGUGGAUGAGCCCAAAGAAGCCACAAAGACACCGGGCAGUCACCUUGAUGAAAAUGAACUUCUCCUUCUUCCCGCUGCAAGAGCCCGCUGGAUCCGAGCCAUUAAUAAAGUGCGGCUUCAGUUUGAAGAGGGUCUGGAUGAUGGCGAUCCGUCCAAGUCACCGUGGUUCAAAGGAGGGCCAGCCGGGGGUCUCUAUGGCAUCGACAGCAUGCCUGACCUGCGCAAGAAGAAGCCCACCCCACUUGUCAGUGACCUGUCUCUGGUCCAGUCCCGGAAGGCCGGAAUUACCUCAGCCAUGGCCACCCGAACUUCUCUCAAGGAUGAGGAGCUGAAAUCACAUGUAUAUAAGAAGACCUUGCAAGCCUUAAUCUACCCCAUCUCCUGCACAACCCCCCACAACUUUGAGGUCUGGACAGCCACCACCCCCACCUACUGCUACGAGUGCGAGGGGCUGCUGUGGGGCAUCGCACGGCAAGGGAUGCGCUGCACAGAGUGUGGGGUCAAAUGCCACGAGAAGUGCCAAGAUCUGCUGAAUGCCGACUGCCUGCAGAGAGCGGCAGAGAAGUCCUCAAAGCAUGGGGCUGAGGAUCGCACCCAGAACAUCAUCAUGGCCAUGAAGGAUCGCAUGAAGAUCCGAGAGAGGAACAAACCAGAGAUCUUUGACCUGAUCAGAGAUGUCUUCAGUGAGAGCAAAAUGACCCACUCUCAGCAGAUGAAGACGGUCAAGCAGAGCGUUCUGGACGGUACCUCCAAGUGGUCAGCAAAAAUUACCAUCACAGUGGUCUGUGCGCAAGGCCUGCAAGCCAAGGACAAAACGGGGUCCAGUGACCCAUACGUGACAGUCCAAGUCGGCAAGACAAAGAAGAGAACAAAAACAAUAUUUGGGAACCUGAAUCCCAUCUGGGAUGAAAAGUUCCACUUUGAGUGCCAUAAUUCCUCCGACCGGAUCAAAGUGCGGGUCUGGGACGAAGACGACGACAUCAAGUCCCGGGUCAAACAGAGGCUGAAACGGGAGUCGGAUGACUUUCUGGGGCAGACCAUUAUUGAGGUUCGAACCCUCAGCGGGGAGAUGGACGUCUGGUACAACCUGGAAAAAAGAACAGACAAGUCUGCUGUGUCCGGUGCCAUCCGCCUGCAGAUCAACGUGGAGAUUAAAGGUGAAGAAAAGGUGGCCCCUUACCAUGUCCAGUACACCUGCCUUCAUGAGAACCUCUUCCACCACCUGACAGAUGUGCAAGGAAACGGGGUGGUGAAGAUUCCUGAUGCCAAAGGGGAUGACGCCUGGAAGGUUUACUUUGACGAGACGGGCCAGGAGAUUGUGGACGAGUUUGCCAUGCGCUACGGGAUCGAGUCCAUCUACCAGGCCAUGACGCAUUUUGCAUGUCUCUCCUCCAAGUACAUGUGCCCGGGGGUGCCAGCGGUGAUGAGCACCUUGCUGGCCAACAUCAAUGCUUACUAUGCUCACACAACAGCCUCCACCAACGUGUCUGCCUCCGACCGCUUCUCGGCUUCAAACUUUGGGAAAGAGCGAUUUGUUAAACUUCUGGACCAGCUGCACAAUUCCCUCCGCAUCGACCUGUCCAUGUACCGGAACAACUUUCCGGCCAGCAGCCGAGACCGCUUGCAGGACUUGAAAUCUACCGUGGACCUGCUGACCAGCAUCACCUUUUUCAGAAUGAAGGUCCAGGAAUUGCAGAGCCCUCCUCGCGCCAGUCAGGUGGUGAAGGAUUGUGUCAAAGCCUGCCUCAACUCAACGUACGAGUAUAUCUUCAACAACUGCCAGGAUUUGUACAGCCGCGAAUACCAGACAGACCCUAACAAAGCUCAGGACAUGCCUCCCGAGGAGCAAGGCCCCAGCAUCAAGAACCUGGACUUCUGGCCCAAGCUCAUCACCCUCAUUGUCUCCAUCGUCGAAGAGGACAAGAACUCCUAUGCCCCCGUCCUCAACCAGUUUCCUCAGGAGCUGGCUGUUGGGAAGAUCAGCGCCGAAGUCAUGUGGAACCUCUUUGCUCAGGAUAUGAAAUACGCCAUGGAAGAACACGAGAAGCACCGGCUGUGCAAAAGCGCCGACUACAUGAACUUGCACUUCAAAGUGAAGUGGCUGUACAACGAGUAUGUCUGCAGCCUGCCAGCCUUUGCCGGGAAAAUACCUGAGUACCCUGCGUGGUUUGAGCAGUUUGUGAUGCAGUGGCUGGAUGAGAAUGAAGACGUGUCCCUGGAAUUUUUGCAUGGAGCUCUGGAGAGAGAUAAGAAGGAUGGGUUCCAGCAGACAUCUGAGCAUGCUCUCUUCUCCUGCUCGGUGGUGGAUGUCUUCACCCAGCUCAACCAGAGUUUUGAAAUCAUCAAGAAGCUGGAAUGCCCCGACCCGGCCAUCCUGGCCUGCUACAUGCGGCGCUUUGCCAAGACCAUCGGGAAGGUGCUGAUGCAGUACGCAGACAUCGUCUCCCGGAGUUUCCAGGCCUACUGCUCUAAGGAGAAAGUGCCCUGCAUCCUGAUGAACAACAUCCAGCAGCUGAGGGUGCAGCUGGAGAAGAUGUUUGAAGCCAUGGGGGCCAAGGAGACUGAGAAUGUGGAAGAGAAGGAGAAGGACCAGGAUCAAAAUCAAAAUCAGGAUGAGACUCAGAAUCAGGAUGAGAAUCAGGAACAGGAAAAGGAAAAGGAUCAGAAUCAGGAACAGAAUCAGAAUCAGAAUCCUGAACCGAGGAAUCCUAAGGCUCUGGAUCCAGAAGCCAGCGACUCUCUCAAGGAGCUGCAGGUGAAGCUGAACAACGUGCUGGAUGAGCUCAGUGCUGUGUUUGGUAACAGUUUCCAGGCACGGAUCGACGAUUGCGUCAAGCAGAUGUCGGAUAUCCUCUGCCAGGUGAAAGGGCCGGGGAAUGCCCCUCCGAAUGUGGUGGCCCAAGAUGCAGACAACGUCCUCAGGCCCUUGAUGGACUUCCUGGAUGGAAACCUGACGCUCUUUGCGGACGUCUGUGAGAAGACGGUGCUGAAGCGGGUGCUGAAGGAUCUCUGGAGGGUGGUCAUGAACACCCUGGAGAAGAUCAUCGUGCUGCCUCCCUUCUCGGACAACACGGGGACCCCGCUGAUUUUCAGCGCCGCUAAAGAACUGGGACACUUGUCGAAGCUGAAGGAUCACAUGGUCAGGGAGGAAACGCGGAGUCUCACCCCAAAGCAGUGUGCAGUGCUGGAACUGGCUCUAGACACCAUUAAGCAAUAUUUCCAUGCUGGGGGAAGCGGCCUGAAGAAGACCUUUCUGGAGAAGAGCUCGGACCUGCAGUCUCUGCGCUAUGCGCUGUCCCUCUACACGCAAACCACCGACACGCUCAUCAAGACCUUUGUGCAGACGCAGACGGCACAAGGCUCAGGAGUGGACGACCCCGUGGGCGAAGUGUCCAUUCAGAUCGACUUGUACACACACCCCGGCACCGGGGAGCACAAGGUCACGGUGAAAGUGGUGGCAGCCAACGACCUGAAGUGGCAGACCUCGGGCAUGUUCCGCCCUUUCGUGGAGGUGACCAUGAUUGGGCCGCACCAGAGCGACAAGAAGCGGAAAUUCACCACCAAGUCGAAGAGCAACAACUGGGCCCCAAAGUACAACGAGACAUUCCACUUCAUCCUGGGGAAUGAGGACGGGCCGGACGCCUACGAGCUGCAGGUGUGCGUGAAGGACUACUGCUUUGCCCGCGAGGACCGCGUGCUGGGCAUCGCCGUGAUGCAGCUCCGGGACGUGGCCGACAAGGGCAGCUGCGCCUGCUGGUGCCCGCUGGGGCGGAGGGUCCACAUGGACGACACGGGGCUGACGGUCCUGAGGAUCCUCUCGCAAAGGACCAACGAUGAAGUGGCCAAGGAGUUCGUCAAGCUGAAGUCGGAGUCGCGCUCCACGGAGGAAGGGAGCUGAGCCCUCCUGCGUUUCCACCCUUCUUGGGUGACCGAUGCCAAUGUGUGCGGAAAGCGCAGCUGCCGGCUCUCUUGGACCCGGGGAGGAGCCUCGCGUCUCGGUCGGCCCCUUUGUCGGCCGCAGGAGACCUGUCUGGACCCUCAGCAGAAGGCAGAGAGUCGGAGCCAGGGGUGGGGGGGAGGACUUGGACUUGGGGUGCCUGCCUCCGUCAUGGCUGCUCCUCUGGGGUUGGCGCUGCGGAGCAAGGAACGUUC